AUGAAGAAUUCACGAUACUCUUCCUCCCGACAAAAGGCUUGCCAAAACUGCUCCAUCUCGAAAGCGAAAUGCGACCGAGGUGUAGGACGAUGCAAUCGAUGUAUCACACGCGGUCUCAACUGCACAUAUGCUCGAUCGCACCCCGUCGAGAAUUCAGCACAAAAUGCGAUCCCUCCCAACAGCAUUGGUGGACCUUGUAGCCCCGCGUCCUUGGCGGACUCUCUUGGUACAGGCUUUGGAGAUGAGAUGCCGUCUAUGAUUGGAAGCACACGAUUUUCGGAUUUCACUUCAACAGGAAAUAUGGCGAUGCCCGCAAGCGUUUCUGGCUCACCGGCGACCCUCUCCCUGAAUUCAGGUCGAAUGGACACAGCUCCCACAGCCGUUGCUAAUACAUGUCUACCGAGGAAUGCUCAGGAUGGAGUAGACAUUCUAGAUUUUUCAGGACUGGAACUACUAUGCCCAAUUGAUGUGAACGGGAUCACAUCCCGUUGGAUGAAUCCUUUCAUUCCAGACUCCGAGCAAAGGAUUAAGCAAUACCCCGCCAGCAUAAUAACUUUCAUCUGUCGAAUAUUUAAAUCUUAUGCCGGAUCCGCUAUCCGUGGCCGUGGAGUCUUGCCAUUCAUCCACCCCACUCAGAUGAAGCGCCAGGUGCCGAAUUUGCCGCUAUCAACAUGUCUAAGCUUGGUCCGAAUGUGUCAACAUCCACUACCGGGUAGCGAAAAUGCCGCCAUUAUGAUAUUGCAGCGUGAAAUGGAUAAUAUUACUGAAUCCCGCGAGACAUACGAUAAUAUGUCUUUACUAGCUGCUUUUCAGGCAUACCUUAUAUACUCAAUGGUCCUAUACUUUCGACUUGACGUGGCUCGCGAUCAUUCUCUUCGACAUACGAUGAUUACCUUGCAAGAACUCGCACAUGCUUCAUGCAAAGGAGGCCUAGUCUGCGCGACCGAUCAAGCUAGAACCAGGCCUAGGUGGGAAGAAUGGAUUAUCACAGAAGCAAAACGGCGAACUUUGUACAUGAUGUAUCUCUUCGAUAGUGUCAUAUCCACGCAGGAGAAUGUUCCCACAUAUCUCGGCACUGAGCUUCAGGGACUUCCUGCGCCUGCAGCUAGGAUGAUAUGGGAGGCAGGCACUCGAUCUGAUUGGGAGCAGGCGUACAAUCUCUUCCUGGCGGAAUGGAUGGAACCUAGUCUUGCGAUUGAUGAACUUUGGCCGAUUCCGGUGGAAUUGAAUGAGGUCGAGAUCGCGAAAAGACGGAGUAGAGUGGAUCACUGGUUAGAAGAUAUUGAUGGAUUUGGAACUAUGCUUUACGCGGUAGUGAGUUGUACUCACGGGGGAUGA